AUGGCUGAAGAAAAAUUUGAAAAAUUAAUUAGAAGACGUAGUUGUAUGAAGUCGAAAUUAACUAUAUUCAAUAACUAUAUAAAGGUUUUUCAAAGUGGCGGCACAGCUAGCAAUUUGCAACUACUAGACUUAGAAAGUCGUUUUAAUAAAUUCGAAAUCUUAUAUGCUGACUUUGAUAAACUUCAGAGUAAGAUCGAGAUGCUUUCGGAGGACCUCGACGAGGAGACCGGAGAGCGCGCGCAAUUCGAAGACCAGUAUCACAGGCUGGUGGCCACAGCGCGCAGUCUGCUCGGUACGCGGCGUCCCGAGCAGGCUCCCGAACUUCGAGACAGCUCCGUAACGAGUAACGAGGAUGUUCAGGUUGCUACCUCUUCGCAAAUUUUGCUUUCCACAGCGCUCGUGAAAGUAGUCGAUAGCAGAGGUGAUGAUCAGCCCUGCCGUAUAUUGCUGGACAAUGGCAGUACGAGCAACUUUAUUACACAAUCACUCUGCGGUAAGCUGGGUUUGACACGACGUAGUGCCAACUCCACGGUGACAGGUAUAAACAAUAAUACUUCUCAUAUUACACAGUCUUGCAGCCUUAUAAUGAAAUCGUACUAUAAUAAUUACAGUUUAACUGUAGACUGUUUUAUUUUGCCACAAAUAACUCAAGCAUUACCGUCUUCUUAUUUUGAAGUUAGUAACAUUCCACUUCCAAUUGGAAUAAGCCUUGCUGACCCCUCCUUUAACGUUCCUGCAGUCAUAGACAUCUUAGUAGGCGCUGAAGUCUUUUGGUCAGUCUUAUGUAGUAAUUCCAUAUAUUUAGGUAAAAAUCAACCUAAAUUAUAUGAAACGAAAUUGGGUUGGUUGGUGUCUGGGUAUGUUGCCCGUCUUAAAGCACCGUCUUCGUCUCUCUUUUGUAACUUUAUAAAUGAGAAAGCUAAUCCAGACUUAACUCGCUUCUGGGAACUAGACAGCGUAGCAGCUGAGCACUCUUUAUCUCCCGAAGAACGUGCAUGUGAGCAGAGCUUCUUAGAAAACACUACACGCAAGAAAGACGGACGUUUUGUCGUGACAAUGCCACUGAAGGAACAUCCCUCAGUCUUAGGCGAUUCUUUCUACAAGGCAAAAUGUCGUUUUUUGUCUUUAGAGCGUAAGUUUCUUCGAGAACCUGUCUUCAAAGAUAGGUAUAUAGAUUUUAUGCGUGAAUAUGAGCGCCUGGGUCACAUGACUGAAAAUAAAGCGUCAGCAAAUAGCUGCGCUGAUACUAUAAACUACUACUUGCCACAUCAUAGCAUAGUUCGGGAGUCGAGAUGGUUGAAAACUCCGUCAACACGACUUAAAAGCUUCGUUCGCAAUCGUGUUCAUGAAAUACAAGAUAGCACCAAAGGUCACACGUGGAACUAUGUACCGUCGAAAGAUAAUCCAGCCGAUCUUCUUUCUCGAGGGCUGAAGGCUGAUCACAUCAGCAAUUCUCGCUUAUGGUGGUCAGGGCCAACAUUUUUGGCUAAUAAUGAAUCUGAAUGGCCAAAAGUGCCCAAUACUAAUAUAUAA